AUGACGGUCACGGUGGUGUAUGAUAACUCAGAGGCAACAGAGCUCUGUGCAGCUCAGCACCUUUACCUCAAGCCCAUAGCAAAACUGAUGAUCAAUGUUUUGCUACCAGAGAGUCUUGAACCUGUGAGGCCCUUCUCUAACUGGGAGGUUCUUGAUCAGCUGAAGAGCUUGAUUUGCCCAGACCAGUUCACCACAGUUCGGCUCUCCAAGAGUACAAAGGACUUUAUCCGAUUUGAAGGUGAGGCUGAAAACCGAAGUUUGGUUCAGAUCCUGAAGGCGAAAUUACAUGGGAAGAUCAUCAAGCUAAAUGGCUUGAAAACAGACUUAAAAGUAGUGGUCACAGAUGCCCAGGGAGAGUGGGAACACUUCCCCAAGGACAAAGAGGCCUUGUUGAUUGAUGAGGCAGAAGAGCAAAACCACGAUAAAAGCCCAGAUUCUAUAUAUUUUGAAGGCUUACCCUGCAAAUGGUUUGCACCUAAAGGUUCCAGUGGGGAGAAGCCGUGUGAAGAAAUCCUUCGGGUUGUUUUUGAAAGUUUUGGGAAGAUCAAGAAUGUGGAUAUCCCUAUGCUUGACCCCUACAGAGAAGUGAUGACGGGUGGGAGCUUUGGGGGCUUUAACUUUGGUUUGCAGACUUUUGAGGCCUUCAUACAGUACCAGGAGUCAACUGAUUUUGUAAAAGCCAUGGAGUCCCUUCGAGGAAUGAAACUGAUGCUUAAAGGAGAUGAUGGGAAAGCUCUAGCAUGUAACAUUAAGGUGAUGUUUGAUACAACCAAACACUUCAGUGAAGGAGCUAUAAGGAAAAGAAAUCAGGAGAGGCUAAAAUUGCAAGAGCUGGAGGAAGAAAGAAAAAAGGAAAAGAAAAGAGAAGAGGAAGUGGCUGAAAGGAGAAGAAAAGAUGAGAAGAAAGCCCAGGAAAAGAGGAGGAAGGCCAGGGUCAGAAAGCAAGCCCUGAAGGAAAGGAACAGACACCGGCAGAGGAAACCGAAGAACAAAGCCAAAGCCGAGGAACCACAGGAGCCAGACUCAUCAGAGGAAUGGGAGGGACGGAAAUACCUGCUGGCUCAGAGGCGGGUUGAGGCUCUUCGCUUGCUUCGGGUACUUCUUAGAAAAAUUUCAGAACCCACUCAGUCUAGCCCACAGGAGGGCGAUGUUACAGGCGCCAAAGUUAAUCCUGAUCCAGGGAACACAUCGGAAACUUUGGAGGAAGGAGAGUUAAGCCCUCAGCAUCUUCAAAGUCCAGAGGAAAUGCCAAAACCUCAGGAUGCCAAGUUAGGCAAUAAACGAAAACAAAAAAUGAAGAAAAGAAUGAGGUCUCGCUUACAUAAAUCUUCCCAACGCCUUAGGAAAAAGAAAUUAAGAUAUUCAACUAGAAAAGAGAGCACUGGAAAGUUAUUAACUGAUGAUGGAUACAACCAAAGUUUGGCUUGUGAUCAGAAUUCCUCAGAGGCUGCAAUGAUUCAAGGUCGGUCUCUUGAGAAAGAGGACCACCACAGUCCUAAUAAAUCCUAUUCUUCUCCAUUACCUGAGAGAGAAGGUGGAAGGAAACAUAAAAUCUAUGAAACAGAUGAAUUCAUUGACUAUCUGCUAAACUAUUAUGAAACUCCAAGAUAUGCUCGUAUCUACCUAGAACCAAGUCCCAUAACAGACGAAUGUCAGUGGCAGAGGGAUGUCUAUGAGAAAGGAAGUGGAUUUCAGAUUCAUUUGAGAAAGCGUGGCCAUCACUCAACCAAUUUGAGUCAAAUGCAAAACCUGGAAGGGAGCGAGGAGGUUCACGAAGAUGAUUACUGGUCAGAGAUUUGUACUCAAGAUCCUGAGCAUACCCCACAAAAGGGAGGAGAAAUGGAUGAUGACAAAGAAUGUACUUACGGAUUUGAAAAUCAUUGCAGGGACACAGCUAGUGAAGCUGGUGAUCAGCUGUUGUCCCCAGCUGUUGUCAAUAGCCAUCUGUUAGAAAAGACUCACACUUACCAUGUCGAAGAUUUCGCAUCCACAGGGAAAAGCCAAGUGUCCUCACCCUACAGGUCAGUAUGCUCAGAUCUGCAGUUGACAGAUUUCUUAGAGGAAAUUAGCAGUGAUUCUGAAUGCUUCAGCGAAACGCUUAGUGUAAACAAAGAGGAGAAAGAUGAACCGGUGGCCACGUGUCACGGCUCCCCAGAAAAAGGACCUCUUGACGCUCAUGAAAUCAUCACUUGCGAACAGGCAACUAGGUCAAGUCAGGAGACCGUCUCUCCCGAGGGGAAACAUGAUGAUGAGGAAAACUACUCUAAACACAAGCUUAGGGUACCAGGAAAGAAGGCUAAGUAUGAACUCUAUGAACUCGAGGGUGAAAGCAACUUCACUAGAGAUGAAAAGAACAGCAAAAAGAGGGAAAAACUAGCCCCCACCUACUUGUUCGAUGAAGGCUACUACCAUGAACACAGUUCCAGUAACCCAAUUGAGAACAUUACAAGAAAGAAGAGGCGGCUUAGUGGUCAUUCAUUUGACCAGAAAGUGAACUAUAGACCCUCUAGUGUGCCAAUGCCAUCAUUAAAAAGUGCUAAUGCUUUCUAUCUGUGUGAUUUUCCCACCAGCGGAGAGACUUUGUGGCAGUCAGAAGGUAACCAGGAAGUGAGAAAAUUUAAAAGGCAUGAGAAUUCUGAAGAUUUCAUGCUCAAUUCUGACGGUUAUUAUGUUCGACAUGACAGUCAGGAGCAUGUGGACUAUGGAAGCUAUUUAGGAAACAACUACACGGGUUCUUUAUGUUUUGACAGCCACUUAGAUCAAGAACAAGCUUAUUUACAAUAAACAUGUUGCAAGAAGAAAAGUUAAAACCAAAUAUAGCCACUGUAGUUAGCAAGUACAGGACAGGAGAGCAGCGUUUAAAAGCCAGAGCGGGGUCAAAUACAAAACCUGUUUCUCUUGCCAAAGUUUAAAGAAUAGAUUGAAAUGACUCUAGGUGUGUUGGCAAGCUUUGGAAAUAAAAAACAUCCCGAUGCUGAAGCUUGGUAAAAACACUGCUUGCAAAACUUCGUGAUCCAAGGACAGGCCUUUUUACAGUUCAAAUGAAACUGAAAUUUGAUGCCGGGGAAGGAACAUCGAGAGAGUUUGAGACAGCCCUCUAUGGCUCUUCAGCUGUCAUGACAUCGCCAUUUAGUAUCAUUUCUCUUCCAAGAGGACAACAGUGAACAAAUAAGCAACUUUUUGCCUGUUCUUUGAUUUGCUCAGAAACACAAUUAUGUGGCAACAACCUUUCUUGAGUUUUAUUUAUAAAUAAUUACAGGUAAGAGAGAUGACACCUAGAAUGUAUGAUAGAUUUCUUCAUGACAUGAAAGAGCCCCCACCAGGAGGAAAUUUAUAUUAUUACUAUGUUGAUAGUACUCAAAGAGUUGUCUUUUUAGAGACAAAGUCUUGGAAAAAGAAUCUAAAAGUGGCUCAUACUGUCCUUUGAGGUUUGUACGGGGAAGGGACCAUUAAGCUGUUUUUUUUUUUCAGAACCCCAUGUCUUUCCAUUCUAGAAAAGCAGCAGGACUGAAGGGAUAAGA